AUGGGUAAGAAAAGUCCUGCUAAAUCUAUUUCUUUGUCAAAAAAGGCUAAAGAAGUUCCAAAAAAUGGAGUCAAUAAGCAAACGGCGAAAGUUACUACAAAGAAGAUUUCAAAUAAUGAUGAAAAAAUUUCAUGUUUAGAAAACAAAGAUACUAUAUUUGAUACUAUUGUUGAAAAGGUAGAAGAUGCUGUCAAAUGUCAAAAAGAAUAUGCUUCUAAAUUAUCAAAAAAUUCUCUUUUUCCUGAUGUUGAUAAUGCUCUAAGUUUAACAUUUACCUUAAAGAGAUUGGCCCCUGGUCAUCAAAGUUCUACAAAAUUUGUUGAUUUACCAUUUCCUGAACGUUCUUUUGAGAAUACAUCAGUUUGUCUCAUUCUCCCAGAUAUUGCUAAAACAAAGGAAGUUAAUACAAAUGCUGACACAGAAAUUGAGUCACGUGAAUGGGCUGAGGUAUUGGAGGAGAAAUUUGGUAUAGACAAAUCAUUUUACUCAAAAAUCUAUACCCUUCGUCAAUUAAGAAGAGAAGUUAAAGGUUAUGAAGCAAUAAAAUCUUUCUCCAGAACCUAUGAUGUUUAUAUGUCAGCAUCUAAUAUUUUCAAAAGUACAAUAUCACACUUAGGAAAAAAUUUUUUGAAAGCCAAUAAGACCUUGUAUCCUCUUUGUCUUAAAAGUCAUCCAAAAGAAAGAAUUGAAAACGCUGUAAAGAAAGUUGCUGUUAGAAUCAAUCCAUCAAAAUUAAACAUGCUUUCUAAGAUAGGAAAUACAUCACAAAAAGAAAAUGAAUUAGUUAAGAAUGCUGAAGUUGUUUUAAAAGCAUUUAUAGAUAAUGUUCCAGGAGGUUUAGAAAACAUUAGGUGUAUCUAUCUCGGUAAUGUUGGUGGGGUUGUGUCUCUUCCUGUAUAUGUUAGUGCUGGUAAUCCAGAUUCAGUUAAGAUACCAAAACCAAAACAUUUGAUUGAUACUGAAGCUGAAGUAGUUGAUGAAGUUAGUACAAUUGUAAAUGACAACAUUGUUGUCGGAGUAACUAAAAGUGGUAAAAUAAAUUUCAGAAACGCUACGACAAAAGAAUUGUUGGGAAAGAAAAGAAAAAAUCCAAAACCAGAAGAGAAAGAUGCCAAUCCACCAAAAAUAACUAAAAAAGAUAAUGUUGUUUCAUUGGAGAAGGAUAAAGAUGCUAUUCCAGAUACUCUUACUAAAAAGAAAGAAGUAAAAGUUGUCAAUAAAAAGGCUAAAGAAGAAUCUUCUUUAAAAGUGGCAACUACGACACAAAAGAAAGCACAAAAUGGCAUUAAGAUUGCUUCAGUCAAAAGUAUUGAUGUAGAUAUGUCUAAUGAUAAAGUUAUUAAUAAGAAAAUUAACACUGUCGUUACUGACAAAAAGGAAAAAUCUGACAUUAAAACCCAACAAACUCCAAAAAAUAAAAAAGUUGUUGAAAAGAAAAAUACUAAUAAUAGUAAAGUAGUUAAUGGUAAGAGAGAACUCACACCACCAACACUUCGGUUAUCAGCUAGACAAAAGGCUAAAGAAGCUUCUAAGUCAAAGAUUGAACAAGUUAAACCAAAAGUUGAUACUCCAUUUAAACCAAUUCCUAAAGCACCUAAAGUAUUUGUUGCAGAGACUUCCAACGGGAAAUCUGCUGUUACAAAGAAAGUGAAUGUUGUGUCAAAGAAGAAAACCAAUGGUACUGUUAAAAAAAAUAAGUAA